AUGGUUUUUUCUUCAGUUGACGCAGAAAACCUUACAAAAUCAUGCAAAUCUAGAGGUUCAAAUCUUCAUGUUCACUUUAAGAACGCACGUGAAACUGCCCAGGCCAUCAAGGGUAUGCAUAUCCGAAAAGCCACCAGGUAUGUGAAGGCUGUCACUUUGCAGAAGCAAUGUGUGCCAUUCCAUCACUACAAUGGUGGAGAUGGUAGGUGUGUCCAAGCCAAACAAUGGGACUGCACACAGAGUUGGUGGCCCAAAAAGUGUGCUGAAUUUGUACUACACCUGCUUAAAAAUGCAGAGAAGAGUAAUGCCAAAUUUAAGGGUUUAGGUAUAGAUUCUCUAGUCAUGGAGAAUGUCCAGGUGAAAAAAGCCCCUAAGAUAUGGCAUAGAAUUUACUGGGCUCCUGGUCUGAUUAAUCCAUACAGAAGCUCUCCCUGCCACAUUGAGAUGAUCCUUACUGAAAAAGAGCAGAUUGUCCCUAAACCAGAAGAAGCAGUUGCACAGAGGAAAAAGAUAUCCCAGAAGAAACUGAAGAAACAAAAACUUAUGGCUCAGCAGUAA